AUGGGGGUAUCUGAAGCCAUCAGGAAGCCGAUUCCGGAACUUGGCUCCUUUGGGAAAUUCGAAGAGGAUUCAUCCUUUCUCGGUGUGCCAGCCCUCUAUCGGCCUGCCUCGUUGGCCGCUUUUCGGCUUGGUCGUCUCUACAGCGGGUCGGCCUUGGUCCAACGGCCAAUCACUGUGGUGCCUUGGACUCGUUGCGAUCCACAGACACUUCAAGUGGAAGUACAUCGACCAGACGCUGGGCUACGUGACCUUCAUCUGACCCUACACCAUCUCCACACAGUCAACAUGACGUUCCACACGCAGACCAACCAGCAGAUGACCGAGUUGAUCGAGUCGUACGCUGGCCUGCAAGCCGCCGUGGCUGAAUACACAUAUUCGAUAACGAAGGAUCGUGUCACGCUGCAGGCGCGUGAUGGUGGCCCAAGGCCAUCGUUCCCCCGUCCUCCACCGGCACGAGAAGAUUGGCCACCUAUCGGGCCUCGCCCUGCUACGAUCCCAAAUUUGGUUCUGACGCGUGAAGGGGACGGCAUCUUCUUGGGCAAGACGGCGCCGUUGGCUGAGCUCAGAGAGGCACAGCGCGAGGAGUUGCGAGCGUCCGCUACGCUCCACGCCGCCACGACCAGGUUCACCGACGCACUGGCGAAGCUAGACCUGGUGGCAAAAGCUCAGCGGGAGCUGCUUGGAGAAAAGGCGCAAGCCAAGAACAUCGCCCAGGAGCAGUACGACAAAUGCUUCAACGACAUGGUUCGCAAACAUGGACUGGCCUGGGUCGACGCUGCUCUGCAGCCAGAUCCACAGCGCGAGCCGCAGCAAGUACAGCCGCCAGCUGUUCCCGUACAGGAAAUUGCUCCUCCCCAAGGCGUCCAAGAUGCACAGCAGGACGCGGGAGCCGCCCGUCCACAGCAUCAGCCCGGCCCUGCUGCUGGUGCUGUUCGUCGUAGCAUGGAGCGCCUAGUGCAAUACAUGGAUCCGCCGGACAUGCGUGGCCUCGUCCAACAACCUGAUGGAGCCGCCGAGGCACCGUACUGGCUGCGAGACCGGCCGCCCCCUCCUGCUCCAGUUCCUUUUCCUCAGCCGAAAAAGCGCAAGAAA